UCGAGCUGCACCCUAUGUCACACAGUCCAGGGGACAACACUGCUGGGCACAGGCGCUGAAAUUGCCAGGAACGCAAAAAAGGUCUGAAUCACCCAUUAUGAGACCCUCAGCCACAGCAAUCCUCCCUCCAACCACAGCCACCCAGGCUCCUGGGACCAACCAGAGCGGGACUGUGGGACUACCAGAGCCGUCCUACGCUGUCCUCAAGUUCAUGGAGAGCUUCUGCCUGCUGAGUGCUGCCUGUGGGAUGGUGGGGAACGGGCUGGUGCUGUGGUUCCUGGGCUUGCGCAUCCGCAGGAACCACUUCAGCGUCUACAUCCUGAACCUGGCGGCCGCCGACUUCGGGUACCUGCUGUGCAUCGCCGUGGAGACCGUGCAGUACCUGAUGCAGUUCAACGUGGGGGUGCAGUUCGGGAUAUUCCUCUUCCUGGAUCUCUUCAUGUAUGGCACGGGCCUGUACCUGCUGACGGCCAUCAGCAUUGAGCGCUGCCUGUCCGUGCUGUCCCCCAUCUGGUGCCGGACACACCGCCCCAAGCACCUGUCUGCCGUGGUGUCCGGCCUGCUCUGGGCGCUGUCCCUGCUCCUGAACACUCUGGGAUAUGUUUUGUGCACCGUUCGUCCCUCUCCCAGGGUCUGCCGGCGCCUGCUCAUCGCCAUCGGGGCCUUGGAUUUCCUCAUCUGCGCGCCCCUCAUGCUGCUCUUCAGCCUCACCCUCUUCCUAAGGGUCAGGUGCAGUUCCCAGCCCUUCCAAACAGGCCGGCUCUUCAUCGUCAUCAUGCUCACCAUCCUCCUCUUCCUCAUUUUUGCCGUGCCCCUCAGUGUCCUCAUCCUCCUGGAUUUCCUGGGCCACAAGUUCCUGUAUUCCCCAGAGAUUGGCUUUGUGCUCUCGUGUGUCAACAGCACCCUCAACCCCGUCAUUUACUUCCUGGUGGGAAGCUACAGGGAUCGGAAAUUCAGGCUCACCCUCAGGCUGGCAUUCCAGAGGGCCUUCCAAGACUCAGCGGAUGACAGAGAUGAGCGGGAAACCCGGGACACGAUAACCAUGUCCUCCUGAAAUCCUGCCUGGAAUGUCCUGGCAGAACGGAA